ACAUGGUGGAAGCACAGCAGGAGUAUUCCUCACUCAUUCACAGAUGUACUUCCAUGAAUAAAUAUACAGUCAAAGCAUUACAGGCAGUGGCAGAAACCAAUGACCAGUAUGCACAGGAAAUUGUACAGGCAAUAAAUAUAGAACUAUCUGGUAUUACUAAUGAAAAUAAAGAAGCUCUGCAUUCAUUACUACAAUUUCUUGGGCAGCACCCGGCGUAUUCUUUUAUUAAAGGGAAAGAGCCUCAGAAGCGAGCGGAAAGUGAAAUGGCGGAGCCUGAAAAGAAAAGAAAGAUUCAAAAAAUUGAGAAUUCUUCAAAAAUAUCUGUGGCACAAGAACCGAAAAUUUCCCAGAAAGAACCGAAAAUUUCCCAGAAAAAGCCAGAAAUUUUCUAUCCAUAUCCACCGGAAUAUUUUUUAUUUAAGCUAGUGGACAGGCCAGCGUAUACUGCAUCAUAUAUUUAUUAUACAGAGGGAAGGACCAGCAAACAAAAUGAGCAGGAAGUACUACCAGAUCUGACCAGAGACUAUUUAGUUACAGCGCAUUUAGACCAGGCAAUAAAAUUACUAUAUACAUCUGCUAUUCAGUGUAAAGUAUGCGGCAUGCGAUUUGAUUCUCUUUCAGUGUACACGGCGCAUGCAGAGAUUCACCAGAAGAAAACACACAUAACCCGAAAUUCUAGUGAUAUUUCCAUGUGGCAGAGUUGGCUAUUAGAACCCACGCAGUGGACGCAGACAGAACAAAAAGUGUCAGUUAAUUUAAAAUCAACAAUUCAAGAAAAAGUAUCAACUGUUCCUGUAAGGGGUGAUAGAGACCAGAAAUGCACGAUUUGUGGUGAUGGAUUUGAAAUAAUUUGGAGCGAUGAGAAUGAGUGUUGGUCAUUCAAUGAUGCCUUAGUGGUCCGUACCAUGCCCAGAGAGAUUUCUCAUAAAAGGUGUGUCUCAUGA